AUGCCUUUAGUGAGAAUUGCUGUUCAAUCCCGAGAAGUGGCAGUGGAUGAUGAGAAGUCGAAGAAAGAAAAGAAAUCAUUUAUCUACGACAAAGAUGAUGAAUUCUAUUCGGCACCAGCAUUUUGUUAUUUGAUGCAUUAUCGAAACGCUGCCAUAUUCUGCGGAAUUCUUGAGAUUCUUUUAUUCAUUAUAGCUAUACUCAUAUUCCUAAGGUUGCGACUUGAGAAGGAAGAUAUUCGUAUAUGGUUAUCCGUGAUAUUAGUCGUAUUCCUUGUUUUUGCAGUACUCACCACAUUUCUAAUGAUUUAUGGUAUUGUGGCAGAAAAACCGAAAUACAUUUGGCCACUGAUGGCAUUUAUGCACAUCGAAGUCACAAUUCUUAUUAUUUCAGCAAUCGCAUCGAUAACAAGCAUGUCUAUGGGAUUACAGGCUACUCAUAGGCUCUUCGGUCUUUAUGUUAGCAUACAUAAAUUGGAGAAUCACUUUGGCCCAAUCUGGCCAUUCAAUUUGGCUGUGUUGUCGUUUUUCGGAGCGACAGUUGUCAUUUGGUCUUAUGUCAUUGUUAGAGGAGCUUAUGAUUAUCUCUUGGACAAAGAAUAUUUCAUGAAGAAACCAAGUAUAGAAAUGGUGAAAACGAUUAUUGUUAAUGAUAUUAACACAGACAAGGGAAAUUAUUGCCAAACAUAG